AUGUCGUCCUGGGACUCGAGAUCUGCUAGUGACGUUAGCGACGAUGGCUCUGCCACGUUCAAAUGCAAGUAUUGUCCGAGGAGUUACCCCAAAACACAAGCAUUGAGUGGUCACCAAAAUGCUCACAGGAGGGAGAGAGAGAUCACCGAAAGACAACAACGGGCCAUCUUGGCGCAUGUGAACCAGCCGGAUCCAAAUCCGUACCCGAAUCCAUAUGUGUUUCCUAUCCACAACGCACUUACACCGGGAUUUGAACAACCCCUAUGCAACGUUAAUAAACCGGAUAGUCUAGCCGUGGGCUACAACCAACGUACCAGAUCAUCAAGCUCUGACCAUGCAAGACUACAGAUUCACACAAGUCAAGGACUGGAUCGAGGCUGGACCAUUACCGAGAAUCCGUACCAACCAUUAUUGUCUGCACCGUCACCAGUAUCUCUAGACCUCUGCCUUGGCGUCGGAAGUAGCUCUCAAGCUCAAACUCGGCCUAAAGAACCAAACGAUGCGCUUGCUGCCAAUCAAGAAGAUGAUGAUCUUUCCCUCAAGCUGUGA